UACACGAGUUUAUUUUCAGGUCUGUACAUGGAGACGUGUGGCCAAGGUCUGAAAUUGACCAAAGUUUGGAUUUAUUAUUAUGUAACAACUCGGUUUCGGGAGAUUGUAGAUUAAUGACGUUCGUGGAGAGAUCUCCGAAGCGUCCAGGUUUGAAUUCUGUCGGUGACAUGUGUGGGAUGUUGCUGCGUGGUUUAUCUAGAGCAGGCGGAGGCAGCUUGACCAAGCUAGGCUAGUCGAGUUAGCAGCUAAUACCAUUAGCCUCUUCGUUGUCUUGUCGAGCUUGGGUUGGUGUUGACGUAGUGUUUAUUUACAUUUUUAUUUGCUUGUAAGGUUCGGGAAGUACAAUUCGCACACUGUCACCAGAGUUUUGUUUCAAUGCGAAGACAGUGCGGUGGAAGUUAGCGGAUAUUAGCCACUUUUUGUGCUCUUUGACACUGCUGCAGCUGUGCGAUUCGGCUACUUAACGCUAUUUGUCCUUAUGUUUGGUCCGUCCAUAAUAGCAUAGUAAAUAUGUGCUGAAACCCGCCGCUGAUAGACAUUUUUCGGCGAGGAGCAGACUUCGCAGCAUUUAGCGGCCGUAGACGUAGUGUUUUGGCUGACAUGGCAGCCAGCGGAUUCUCUGACCUGAGGGAGAAACUGACGUCCAUGACUCCGCACAGAGACGACCACAAGAACAAAUACCCGGACCGAACCAGCAACGGCAGCGGAAAGGGCCGAAAGCGGAAGCACCGGGAGUCCGACGACGACGACUACGAGCACAGCGACGACAGCGCGGACCUCCGGGAGCAGGAGGCCCGUCGGGUGAGCAGCAGCGUCGUGCAGUGGAGCAUCUUCACCCCGGAGGAGUGCGCCCGCAUCGAGGAGAAGAUCGACGAGGUGGUCGCCAAAGCGGAGGCUGGACAUUACCGCGAGCACACCGUGGACAGGGCCCCGCUUCGCAACAAGUACUUCUUCGGGGAGGGCUACACGUACGGAGCCCAGCUGGAGAGGCGUGGGCCGGGCCAGGAGCGGCUGUACCGCAAAGGACAGGUGGACGAAAUCCCGAGCUGGGUGCACGAGCUGGUGAUCGAGCGGCUGGUGUCCAACGGGGUGAUCCCGGAGGGCUUUGUCAACAGCGCGGUUAUUAAUGAUUACCAGCCGGGGGGCUGCAUCGUGUCGCACGUGGAUCCCCUGCACAUCUUUGCACGGCCCAUCGUCUCCGUGUCGUUUUUCAGCGACAGCGCGCUCUGCUUCGGCUGCCGCUUCCAGUUCAAACCCAUCCGGGUGUCGGAGCCGGUGUUUGUGCUUCCCGUGAGGAGAGGGAGUGUCACGGUGCUCAGUGGGUAUGCUGCUGAUGACAUUACUCACUGCAUCCGCCCCCAGGAUAUCAAAGAGAGGCGAGCAGUGAUCAUCCUCAGGAAAACUAGACCUGAUGCUCCUCGUUUGGACUCUGACAGCCCCUUGAGCUCUUCUCCUGCUGGGAGACCAGGUCCACUGAAAGUCAAGCGCUCGCAUCGUAAAGCAGACCCUGAUGCUGCCCACAGGCCGAGAGUUCUGGAGAUGGACAAAGAAGAGAACAGACAUCCUUCACUCUCCCGUCACCAUCGUCACAGCGUCAGCUCGGAGAACAACUGGAGACGUGACGAAGACGACGACAAACACCGGGAAAGUUCGGGGCGCAAAAUCAAAAUGAGGCGUCACUGAGUUUUGUUUUUCUGUCACGUGCAUGUAUGCAUAUGAAUAUUCCUGCUCUUUUUCUGUAUGUCAGUAUUGUAACUUUGUUUAAUCAGUCAUUUUUGUUGAUCAAGUUUAAUUUUGGCUUGAGGAUCUCCAUCGUCUGUUUUAUUUUGAUUCUAGGUCAGCUUGAGUGUACAUUUGUUUUUGAUAGGAAAAAACUGGCAUUUUUGCUGCUUGUUGCAGAMCCUUAACUUGCUCUCUGCAGUGAGGCUCUGUUAAUCUGUUAGUUUAAAUUAAACCUUUGUGUUUAUAGAUACUUCAAAAUGGCAUGUAUUUUUUCUACUUUAGGAACUGAAAGGAAGACUUAUGUAUAGACUUGUACAAAAGCAAAACCCGAGCUGUAAUCUAACUUGUUAAAAUGUACAAUAUGUUUGUAUAGCCUUUAAAUGGGGAGCUUUCAUAGAAAAUGAUUUUUUUUCCCCCACAUCUACAUUUCGGAUUCUCCUACCUUUGCUGUGCCAUUUAAGGUCUUCACUAUUUGUUCACUUUAACCCUCCAGAUUGUUGUUUUUUAAGUUGCAGCAGCUGGCACAUGAGCAGCUUUAGAUUUUUGGUUUGAUUUAAKCUGUUAUGAUGGAGGUCACAGUCUGGUUAAAAAAAGCUAAACUUAAAGCUUAUCUGGGUGUUGAAAACUCAGGACUUGUUUCACUCUCUUGUUUCAGUCUAAGGUUGCUUUAUACCUUAUAUGACAUGAACCAUGUCGUUCCUGUUCUGUAAUAAAUCCAAAAAAAAAUUUCCUUUAA